UGACUGGAUCAAAUCCUGCUAGGAACAGCAAGACUGCAAGAUCUAUAAAAUUAACACAAGUAGCAAUACAAAGCAGUGGUAAUUAGCCAAAUUUCGCGACGACAAACGAAUCGACCAUCGCGACUCAAAUAAAGUAGGCCGGGUGUGCGUGUGUGGAGAGAGGGAGCUGUCAUGUUUCAUUUGUUUUGUAUAUUCGCAGUCGUUUUUCGUGUAUGAACAUCUCCCCCGAUCGUGCGCGCUUGCUGGAAGAAGCGCAAACUGUUUAGUGACUAUUCUGAUACGAGGAAGUAAACAUUGCUGGCUGCUGGUCAACAGACAAGGUAACGCCAUCAGUUUAUGAGUGUCAUGUCGGCAGUGAACGAUAAGAAAGGAGUAAAAAAAAAUUGGAGUGCGAAAUGUGGAAAGUAACGGCGGGUCCGAAAAUGUGCUUGUGAAUGGAAACUGUGCUUCUUUUUGCGACUUUCAAAUUUGUAAUCAUGUGGGGAAGAAACAGUCCGGGAUCACGACAAAGUUAGAAUUCCAUAAGUUUUUUUUUCUGUAACUUUAUGCAGAAGAUGAAUGGCUGUUAAGGUUCGUGUUUUACAAACAACUGACAAGCACUGUGAAUAAAGUGAAAUUGCAACAAUUGACCUCGAUGUGUGGCCUUCCAUGUUUGUCAUUGCGGUUUGGUUUUUGCCAAAGUUUUAUUCGCUAAGUGAACGUCUAUCGACGCGUGUGGCAAAGGCCCCAGCGGCCUUCCGGGCAAGACCAGCCAAGUAAUAAUCGUUUUACAUAUUUAGUGGUGAAUGCGUUUUGUUUUGGCAGUCGAUGGCAAUCGUGCAGAACCAAUAAAUUAGCCUGAUUGGAAUUUAGUAAUGGUCCAACAUUUUUUUUUCUAGCUCAGCCAUGAAUGAACAAAUUGCGAAAUUGUAUAUUAAUAACGAAAUUGUAUAUUAAAACGAUACUCAUCCUUGAAAGUGUAUGAAACCCCACAGCGAAUCUAAUUGACCAUUUCUCGGCAGAAAAAUCGUGAUUGAAAAUGCCCAGCAAAUCGACACUCGUUGAAUUUCUCCCAUGAACAACGGCAAUAUGCUGAUCGAAUUGGCUGAGUUCAGCGAAAAGCUGCAGCAGUACCGCUCGAUUCUGGAACGCUUGAAAGACGAACAAGAGUCCAACAACAUAAAACGGGAACGGUUAAGUAAACUCAGCCAAAGACGUUGUUCAGAGGUUAGAAAGCCAAAUGUUACAUGUUGCAUGUGUAACACUAGUAUAAAAAUUGAGGAUAGCAACAGCUUCGCAACAUGUCGCGGUUGCGAGAGACUAGUGUGCCGGAACGAGGAAAAACGUUGCUGCGAAUGGAUAUCGGCGAUUGGAAUCUGGGAAUGCAGUGGCUGUCGUUCGAGUCGGGUUAUUCAGCAGAAGGCGGGAGAAUGGCUGCUAAGUCAACUGACCAGACGGUUGCAGAAUCCCGGACCAAUCAACCUUACGAACGAAAAUCUACUUGGCCUUUCCACAACUGAUUCAGACGACGGUCAAAGUUCGACGUCGUCGAUUUCAUCCAGCCAAAAAGUCAAGGUGCGGGAGUUCAUCGAAGAGUUACUAUCUACGAUGUUAAACGGCCCGCUGGACGAUGUUUCUGUUGGGCAGUUGAUGAAAAAUGAAAGUUAUGUUAGAGUGUUCCACAGGUAUCACUCACAGUUAAGCAGGUGCCUUUCUAAUCUCGAGCUCUCGAUUCACCAGUCACUGUCCGAUCUCCCAAUGUGCGAAAACCAAAAGUAUCCCGACAGUCCGAGCGAUCAGCACUUCCAGCUGCGGAAGCUGCUGCAGCGAAUCCUGGACGAGGUCGCCAAGCUGCCGGAACUGUUGAACCAAAGCGGACAUCCACUGCGGCCGGAAGAACAUUUGCCGUACUUCAGCCCCAAGAAGUAUGAGCAACUGCUGGCCACGGCUGUGCUGAACAAGGUGGUAGAAGAUUAUCGCAAUCCGAAAAACUUUGAACACGUGGAAAAACUACCGGAAGUGAAAGAAGCCAAUCCAGGUGCAACCACCGGAACCACCUUCGAUAUCAAUCAUAACAAAGUGCCUGGAAAAAGUCAAUUGAAUGAAGACAAUCUCAGGCAGAUGUCAUUGAACACCAAUCCUCAGGGGAUACACUCUAGCAGCUCACUGUCGGAAUCGGAUGAAUCCUACCUGAGUGACUACAUCCAAAAGCACACCGUUCCUCUGCCGGAUCUGUCAUCUGAUACUACCGGCUCUGGCCCGGAAGACGAUUUAAUAUCACUCAAAUCGAACACCACGGACACGACCUGGGAAGAGAACUGGUUGUUUAAAAAGCGUAAACUCAAAACUACGGAAUCUGCCAUAGCAAUGCUCGUGCCAUCGCCAACCGAGGAAGUGAAGGCCCUCAUCGGAGACAAGAAUGCCGAUGAGGUGAGCGAUCUGUCCGAGGCCGGAUCCGAUCUGGAGGAUUAUGAUUCCGAAAGUAACAGUAAGGAUUUGAACUUGUCUUCGAAAAGUUCAGCACCAACCACAGGCACUACGAACGACGAUGCGGUACAGGAUAGUCUAGUCUCGAUUAAUUCGAUCCCUUCUAAUGAGCCGGUUCUCUCGGAAGCCAAAAACAGUCUACUGUUAACUGAACAAGCGGGACGUGAGAUGAAUGAUCUUAUAAGUAUGGAACCCACUAGCAUUCCAGCAGAAGCGGCCAAUUCGAGAUUGUUGGACAGCAGACAGAACCAUGAAUUCGAGCUAAUGAAUAACAAUAUUCUUAAAGCAGAAGAAGUUGAAACGGAUGAUGUUAAACUUAUGCAGGAACGACUUCAGAACAUUCCGAAGCAGCGCGACAGUGAAGGAAAUGUCCUGCAUCCAGUUGGAAUUGCUCGAACAAUCGCCCCCACCGACGACCAAGCCUUUGAGUGUGAUCGAAAAAAAAUCCCAAUAGAUCGAGCAAACACAACCUACGAACACACACGCACAAGUAUUUUAUUCCCAUCCGUAGAAGUAGAUCUCACAACUAAUAGAGCCCCUAGUGUUAACGAACCCAAUAACAAUACUAAUCCUAACCAAGCAAACACCAAGAUGAACAUAAGCAUAAAAUUGUCCAACACAACCGUGGAAAACUCCGCUAAGCUAGCCGAUCAGUACCCGCAACCUCUUUCGCCGCAUCCCAUUGCGCUAACGAUGACGGAAAUCUUCGAGCGUAGCCUGAAUCCAACGCUCACAUCCAUUUCAGAGGAAGACCCGGAGCCACUAACAUCACCUCGGUGGAUUUUUUCACCAGCGGACAGUUUCACAACUGCAGACGAAAACGAGUACCGCAGCAUUUCGCAACAGAGUUUACAGCAAUCGCUCGGUUCACUGGAAUCGUCGAUGUCGUACGAGUACAGUCGACACUACAACGAAGAGGGUUUGAGUUCCAUUCGGCGUGGUCACGAGUCCGAGAUAGAUCCCACCCAAUCGGAACCGGUUCUGUUUGAUUCGUUAGAAAAUGAGAGUCUAGAUGCGACCACGCCUCCUUAUCCGGAUUCGUUGCAAUUUACGAGCAGUUCGGCUGCAAUUGGGGAAGACGAAGAAGAAGAGCAAGUGGUUGAACAGAGCUUGGAAACUGUAGGGACCGAAGAUAGUGUGAAGAAAAUAGGAGUGUGUCAUGAGGAUGAUAGAACGGGUGAAACAGAAGAUUCAAUGAUAAUUUACGGUUCCUCAGCGGAAGUGGAGUUUGUGGAUUCGAAGAAUCAGGAGUUAUCCAUCUCCAGUGAACAGUUACUUGAUAGUCUAGUUUCUCAGGAAUCGCGGGGAUCAAAUUCUUCGCCGGAAUUGUUGGAAGCUGUUAGUGAGCCAGAGACCUUCGUUGAACAGGAAAGUCAGGACAUCGCAGAGCCAAUUGUUGAAACAUUAGCGACCCAUGUAAAGUGCAAUGAUACUCUUGAGCUGUUAACUACUAAACGUCUUUCUAUAGCUGGAGUAGACAAUCAAGACAUCCACGGAGAGUUGUCAGAUUCAACCGUCGCAAUAGUCACUCCUGAGGAAGCCCGUGGUUCCGAAUCCUCUCCGGAAUUAUUGGAAGCUAUAAGCGAGCCAGAGACUUUAAUCACUCAAGAUAGUCAGGAAAUUGUGGAGGAGCAAAUAGUUGAUGCCUCACAGCAACAUCAACUUUCUGCUCCUCAAGUAGUGGUUAGAGUAUCAGAUUCUUUCCCAGAGAUAUUAGAAGCUGACAGAUCUCCGCUUGCUUCGAAGGAAGCUGGUGAUCAACAAAGUAACACAAUUCCAGAAGAGUUACCUUCUUCAGCUGAUGCUUCUCAAAAAGAAAAUCCAGCAUUAAGUAAACCUGAAGUUGCAGAAGAUUUGGUAAAACAUGAAACUGUAGUAGAUUCAUCAUCAACUAUCGAGGCUGCACACCAUCAUUUGACCUCUCGGAAAAUUGCUGGAUCAGAUUUUUCUACAGAAAUAAUAGAAGCUGACAGACCUCCGAACUCCGUCAAUCGUGAUUCGGAAGAUCAAAGUAAGACAAUUCUGGAUUCUGGUGGAUUAGAUUCUUCUAUCGAAGUAUUGGCAGCAACCGAACCUGUGUCUACUGAAGGUGAAAUAAAAGUCUCAGUUGAACAAGAAACUGAUACUUCUCAACAAGUCUCCAAUCCAAUCCCAGAAUUGUUUGACUCUUACAAAUCCAACGAAAACUUUGAUGAUCAACAACAAAAAGGAGUUUCAGAGACUGGAUUGAAUUCUCCUCCAGAAUUGUCAGAAACCAACACUAAGACUGAAAAUCAAGCUGUUUGUGAGCUAGAGACUGAUCUAUUGGAAAAUCAAGAUAUUUCUUUCCCUAAAGAGGAAACAGUUGUGGCUUCACAGCAAUAUCCUGUGUCUCAGGAAGAAGCUGAUCCCGUGAAAAAAGAACAAAUGGUUGAAGAUGAAGUGAGCAAAUCCGACUUUACUGCUGAAGAUUCAAGAACCAACAAACGAUUAACAACUGGCCUACAAACCACAGAUGAACCAAAGUCUUUGAACGAUCAGUUAAAUCGAGAGUUUUCAGUUACGUCUAAUGAGUGUACAACUGAUGCUGAACAGCAAAAGGAAGCCAAGACUUUGUUUGUGCAAGAGAGCCAGGACGUAGCGGAGGAGUUUUGCUCCAUAACUGAUCAAAUAGUUGACUCCGAAUCUGCUCAAGCCACAGGCGAUCCUGAGAUUCCAGUUGAUAUAAAAAAACAAGUAAUAACUGGAGACGAUGAAACAAUUAAGACUACAAAGGAAGGUUCUGUUUCUCAGGAAGCUUGUGGAACAGAAUCUUUUUCAAAUCCCUUGCUAGCAGAAAUACCAACUGCAGGAGAAUCAGAAAUAUUGAUUGAUCAUGAAAAGCAAAAAACUUCAGAAAAACCAUCUUUAGAAGAGCAGCCAGUCGAGAAUGCACAGCAAAACUCUUCUCAGCACCCUCCAGAUUUGCAACAAACCACCAAAUGUUUGAAUAUUGAUACUCAAGCUUCGGGUGAAGAAGAAUCUAUAGUUGAUCAAAACAUCAACAGCAUCUUAACUGAAACAACAAAUAUUGCUUCACCACAAUAUCCUGAUUCUCUAGAAGCAUGUGUAGUAGACACGUCAGGGUCUAUUUCAAUCGAGCAAGAACAACCAGCCUCUCCAAGGGCAUCCGAUGCCGACGUAAUUCUGACCACUGAUUUAAAACCCCUGCUAGCAACAAAGACUCUAGUUGAACAAGAGAGCCACGAUGAGUUUUGCUCCUUACCGGAUCAAAAAGUUUAUGACCCACUUGCUACAUCUCAAGAAUUCAGUGGAUCCAGUUCUGUUACAGAAUUGUUAGCCGAACGUUCUCCUCAGAUUUUGGUGGAUACUAAAAAUCAAGAAAUUUCAGUGGGAGAAAAAAUUGAUGCUUGCAAAUUAUUAGAAGUCGAACAACCAUCAGUGACUGAAAUACAAACUUCAAGCAAUUCCGAAACUUUGAUUGAUCGAAAAGAUGAGGAAACAUUCGAAGAAUCACAUUUGAUGAAACAAGUAGUUUGUGAAUCUCAGCCCUCGGUUGGAGCAGAAAGUCCGGAAAAUCUAGAGCAGUCUAUCAGUCUAACGGAAACAGCUACAAAUACCUCACAGCAAUAUUCUGAUUCUCCAGAAGCCUGUAGAGUAGACACUUCACAGUCCUUAUCAAUCGAGCAACCAGACAUUCCAAGAGCAUCCGAAGCCGACAAUACUCUGAAAACAGAAGUAAAUCCCCCAUUAGAAACAAAGACUGUAGUUGAACAAGAAAGCCAGGAGGAGUUUUGCUCCUUAACAGAUCAAAAAGUGCAUGAUCCAAUUCCCCCAGCUCAGGAAGUUAGUGGAUCCAAUUCAGGUACAGAAUUAUUAGAAGCUGAAGGUCCUCAAGCCGUGUCUGAGGAACUUGUGAUGUUGGCUGAAGUAAUAGUCGAUGCUACACAGCAGCCUGUAGCAAAUUCUCCUCCAGAAUUGUUAGAAACCAACACUAAGACUGAAAAUCAAGAAACAGAUGUUGUUUCACAGCAAUAUCCUGUGUCUCAGGGACCUGAAUUAUUGGAAGGUAUAGGCGAGCCAGAGACUUUAAACACUCAAGAAAAUCAAGAAAUUGUAAAAGAAUCUGAUACCUCACAACCUUCAGUAGAAGAAAACGUCGAUGCUUGCAAAUUAUUGAAAGUUGAGCAACCUUUGGCGACUGAAAUACAAACUUCAAGUGGAUCCGAUACUUUGAUUGAUAGAAAACAUGAGGAAACAAUCGAAGAAUUACUCUCGAUGGAGCAAGCUAUGUGUGGAUCUAAGGCCUCGGAUGAAACAGAAACUUUCGUUGAUCAAAAAAGUCCAGAAAAUCUAGAGCGAUCUAUCAAUUUACCGGAAACAACAACAAACACCUCACAGCAACAUCCUGAUUAUCUGGAGGCAGUUGGAGUAGACACUUCAGAAUCCAUCUCCGAACCAUCGACAGCUGGAUUAGAAGCCUCCUCUGAAGCGAAGACUUUGGUUGAACAAGCGAGCCUGGAGCUGGCGGAGGAAUUUUGUUCGUUAACUGAUCAAACACCGCUUCCUGAUUCUCAGGAAAUCGGUGAAUCUAUUUCUUCUACAAAAUUAUUAGAAGCUGAAGAACCACAAGCCACAAGUGAGCCUAAAAUAUCGGUUGAGUCGAAAAGUCUAGUAACAUCCUCAACAGAAGAGAAUUCUAAUUCUCAGAAAGUUUGUGGAUCAGAAUCUUCUACUAGACUUCUAGAAGACAACAAACCUUCUGGCACUGAAAACCCGUCUGCAAAUGAAACAGAAGCUUCAGUUGAACUAAAAGAACAGGACACUUCUGAAGAGUUGUCCUCAGUAGAAAAACCAGCUGAAGAUUCACAGCAACAGCUUGUUUCUCAGGAAGGGUCCGAAUCCACUCCAAGAAUAACACUAGAAGUUAAAAGUUUUCAACCUAGUGACAGCCAAGUUACGGAAACAGCAGAAUUUUUACUUGAUUCAGACCUAGUUGAAACUUCACAGCAAGUGGAUGAAACAUACUCUUCAGAAUCCCUAGAAAUCAACACACCUACGAAUACAAAGACACAAGCCUCAAGCGAAGCAGAAUCUGCAGUGACUCAAAAAAGUCAAAAUACUCCAGAGCAAUCUAUUGCCAUUACUGAGGCGCAAUAUUCUGCUUCUCUAGAAGCACAAACCAGCCAACAAAUCUCAGUCGAACCAAUUACUCCGCCUUUAGAAGAAGGAGCAGACGAUGACAAAACUCCAGCAGCUGAGUUGAGAACCUCCUCCGAAGCAAAGACUCUGGUUGAACAAGAGAGUCAAGACAUUACGGAGGAAUUUUGCUCUCUACCUGAACAAAUAGCUGAUGACUCACUUCCCGCUUCUCAAGAAGUGUGUGAAUUUGGGCCUGGCUUAGAAAUGUUAGAAGUUGAAAAUUCUCUGCCCACUGAAAGUCAAACAACAGAUGAACUAAAAAAUUUGGUUGAUGUGAAAAAUCUGGUAGUUUCUGUAGAAUUGUCUCUAACAGAAAAACAUUCGGAGGUCGCAGAGCAACAUUCUGCAACAAAGGAAGUGUGUACAUCAGAAGAAGUCGACAAACUGUUAAAGACUGAAGUACAAGUUGCAAAUGAACCAGAAUCUACAAAUGAUUUAACAAAUGAGAACACUUGCGAAGACUUAUCCUCAAAUAAACUCUCAGCCGAAGCUACGCAAUCCAAUUCCGCUUCACAAGUGCUGGAAUGUAAAAACUUCCAGCCUACUGAGAGUCAGUCCGUACAAGAGCUGGACACUUCGGUUGAUCAAGUUUUUUCUGGAAAAUCCUCCUCUACAGAAGAAAAAGUCGUGGCUGAGCAGAAAAAUUCUGUUUUAGAGGAAGUGUGUGAGUCGGAAUCUACUUCCGAGUUAUUAGAAGUCAACAAACUCUCGGCUAUUGAUGUUCAAACCUCAAGCGAACCAGAAACUGUAUUUGAUCAAAGAAAUCAGGACACUUUGAGUGAACAACCAGUGCAACCGAAUUCUUCUUUCUUGAGUGUUAGUGAAUGCGGUUCCGUCCAAGUCACGGAAGCAGAAAUCAAAGUUAACGUAGAACGGGAUAUUUCUGCAGAAUUAUCUCCCUCAAAUAAACAAGCAGAAGUAAAUCAACAGAAUUUGGCCUUUCGAGUGGCUGAAUCAGAUCCAUUAUUAGCUACUAACAGUCUUCCGACUACUGCAAUAGAAGACAGUAUACAGACAGACAGUUUAGAAACAAUUGAUCCACAAAAUCAGAAUCCAGCUAAAGAACCAAGUUCGGAUGAUCAACCAGUCGUGGUUUCCGAAUCUACUUCAUCAAAAAUAUUGGCAGAAAAAGAAGUCGAGGCUGUGCUGGAAAUUGCUGCUUCUGAGGGAGUGUGUAGUUCCGAUUUGACCAGUUCACCAUCUACUGAGAAUUUAGCCAAAGAAGCACCAAAAAUCUUAGUUGAUAUAAAAACUCAGGAUUUUUCUACAGAAUCUUCAACUGUAAAGCAGGAAAUCGUUACUGAACAGCAAUAUUCUCCUCCUGAAGUGUCUGAAUCUGCUCAAUCAGCAUUAUUAGACAAUGACAGACUUCCGGACUUUCAAAUACAAACCGCCGACGGUCCAGAAACUUUAAUAGAUAUGAAAGUCCCGGAUCUAUCUGAUGAACCAUGCUCUAAAGAACAACCCGAUGCUUCGGAACAUAACUCUGUUUCUCCUAAAGUUGUUGAAUCCGAAUCCACGUUACCAAUAGUUACGAAAGUCGAGGCUGUGCUGGCAAUUUCUGCUGCUAAGGAAGUGUGUAGUUUCGAUCCGACUGCAAAGUUAAAAGAAGCCGAAUCUACUGAGAUUCCGGUCACAGAACAACCAAAAACUUUAGUUAAACAGAUAAUCGUUACUGAACAGCAAUAUUCUGCUCCUGAAGUAUCUCACUCCACCCUUCCAGCAUUAUUAAUCGACGUCAGUCAUCCGGACUCUAGAAUACAAGUCAGCAGCCGUCCAGAAAUUUCAAUUGAUAUAAAAGACCCUGAAAAACCAUGCUCCAAAGAACAACUCGAUGCUUCAGAACAAAGUUCUGUUUCGCCUGAAGUUUUUAAAUCCGAUUCUGCUCUACCAAAGGUUGAAAGUCACCAGCCUACUGAGAUUCAAACCACAGAAGAACGAGGAAACUUAUUUGAAGUGAAACAUCAAGUUGUUUCCAAAACUCCAGAUCCAACAGGAAAAGAAAGCGAGGAUGUGGUGGAAACUUCUGCAUCUGAGGAAGUGUGUAAAUCCGAAUCGACUCCAGAUUUAAAAGAAGUCAAAAAACCUCAAUCUACUGAGAUUCUAGUCACAGAAGAACAGCAAUGUUCCCCUCCAAAAGUUGAAAGUCACCAGCCUACUGAGAUUCAAACCACAGAAGAACGAGAAAAUUUAGUUGAUGUCGUUGAAGUCGAGGAUUCGACUCCAGACUUAGUAAAAGUCGAAAAACCUGUAUCUGCUGAGAUUCCAGUUACAAAAGAACCAACAGCUUUGGUUGACUCAUCUACCAUUACAGAACAGCAAUGUUCUGCCCCUGAAGUGUCUGACUCCGCCAGCCACAGUGUUCCGGAUUCUAAAAUACAUGUCACCAGCAGUCAAGAAAUUUUAAUAGACAACAACGAUCAAUCAAAAGAAACAUGCUCUAGAGAACAGCAAGCCACUGCUUCGCAACAAAAUUCAGUUUCUCCUCAGGUUGUUGAAUCCGACCUCGCUUUACCAAAUGUUGAAAGUCAUCAGCCUACUAAGAGUCAAACCACAGCAGAACCAGCAACUUUAGCUGAUGUAAACAACCAAGAUAUUCCUACAGAAUCGUCGACCUCUAGCGAUGCUAAAAUACAACAAGCCACCGGCAGUCCACAAGCUUCAAUUGACUUAACAAAUCAAGAUAUUUUAGUAGAAUCACAUACGAGAGAAGAAACAAUCGAAACUGCGCAACCAAAAUCUGCUUCCCUGGAAACAGUGAACGACGUUUCUAUUUCCCAGCGAACCCUAGGAUCGGACUCUUCUACUGAAUCAUUAGGCACCGAGAAAACAUUGAAAAAUCAAGCCACGAGCGAGUCAGAGACUACGGUAGAUUUAAGCAAUCAGGAAUAUUUGGAAGAAUUAUCCUUCUCUCUAGAAAACCCAACAGCUGAUACACCUCCAACCAAUGAACACCAACCCUUGGGUAGCCCAGAGACUUUAGUUGAUCAACUUUCUACGGAGCAAAUAACUUCUCAGAAAGCACCCAACAAAACUGAUUCUUCUUUAGAUUUGUUGCGAAAUGAAAAACCUCUGAUUCAUACAUUAAAAUCCACAGGCGAAUCCGCGGUUUUGGUUAAUCAAGAUAGUCAGGAUAUGACGGAACAAUUUUACUCCCUAACGGAGUCUCCAGAAGCCGACAGACCUUUAUCUGAGGAAAACCAAACCUUGAGCGAAAUCUCUUCAACUGAACAAAAUCAAGAAACAGAGAGUUUGGUUGUCGACCAAAUUUCAGAAGAAUCCUCCUCCUCAACUGAACCGAUAAACGAUGCCGUGCAGCAAUCAGUCAGUUCGCAGGAGCCCGGUGAAAGCAGUGCUUUUUCCGAUCAACAAACAGCACCGAUUGAGGCUGAAGACACCGAAAUUGAUGAAUCAAGUACUAUUGGCCAUGAUAAAGAGUCGCUCUCUUCUUGGCUUUCAGAAGAAUCAACAUCUCCAGAUGAAGCGAGCGCUGAAUUGUUCAUAGAUAACCAUCAAGGCUCGAGCGAGCCUCCGCUUCAUGCUUCAGUGUUUGAUUUAACCGAAUCUUCCAGUCCGGAGGAUACCUCAACGGAGGCGGUUGCUGGAUCCAUCGAUAGAGCGUCCAGUCCCGAGGAGCUAACUGCAGAGCUAACGGCCAGCGCAACUCCAAUUUCCGUGGUAACGCAACAGAUGAGACGAUACUGCGAAGAGCUUAGAGGCAUUCUUCAUCCCACAGCAGAUCAAUCAAAUCAGAGCGAAGAAUCGAUCGAAGCGGUUGUUCCGGAAGAAGCUGUUGAGGCGACAGAACUUCUAAUGCCUCUCGAGGCGUUCGAACUAAAAACUGCUGAAUACAAUCAGCACCUGCGCUGCAUAGUCGAAGAACACAUUCCUGUCGCCGAGUAUGUCGAAUGUAUGGCCACGGAAACACAAACUGCCCCGUGUGAUGCCUUGAAUGUGAUCCCUUGUGCCGAGGAACACUCGGUAAAUGAGGCUCUUCUAGUGGAAACAACAGCGACUCCGGAGCCGAUUUCUUUGCAAAUUUACGAGAGGCAGGUAACCGCAACAGUGGAAGAGCUUCAGCCUGCCGAACUUCAACCUGAGGAACACCAAGUUGAUGAUCAAAAUCCGUUCGAAAUCGAACCUUCUUCGUGUCAAGCGGAGGCUGCGGAAAUACCGUCCCAAGAUAGCAGCCUCGAACCCAGAGAACAAGAGCCGCUGUCGUUCUCUUCGGAGCCACAAAUCGAUGAUAUCUCCGCUCCCUUCAACCAAAGCGACUCGGAACUGUCAUCGCUUUCCUUCUCCAUGCCGACGGUUUGUGUUUUGAUUAACAGCAACACCACUAAUCUCCCCCCAGCUGAUACUAACACUGCGAGUGACCUGCAUGAACAACCCCAAAGUUUCGUAACGGAGACCUCUCUCCAAAUAGUAGAUCAUGAUUUACCAGAAUCCCCACAACUUUCAGCGCAACCAAGCGAGCUAAACAAUGGACAUGAUUUCAACGACCAGGAACACAUCGACGACAACCGGAACGAUGAAGGUUUAAUACCGGGGUCAAUUGCCGAAAGGGAACAUCUAAAAUGGCAAAACGCCUCACCAAUCGCAAACAAUCCAUACUCCCCGGAUGUACUUCAGAAAAGGUUAUCCGACUCCCAUCAGCGUUCCAGUUUUUGCGACUUUGAUCGACUGGCGAGCAAAAAUUGUUCAGCUGUCAGCUUGGACAGUCAGCCUGUGAUGGAAGUUGAAGUCGAACCCGAGGAGAGCAAAACCGAAAAUGACCGAUCACUGCAAUCCGUGGUUGGCGGUAGUCCAACUCCAUACACUAGAUACGGUCGUGAUUACUACAUAAACGAUGCCAAACGUGCCUCCGGAUCGCGCAAGCUUUCCACGAAUGUGCCAGCACCAACUCACAGCACCGACGAUGAGAAAUCUCUUUUCCUCUCGCAAUCACAGGAUCAACGGGUGAACGAACGCCACUCGCCUACCUUGGGUGCGAGUACCAGCAGCUACGAACAAGUGACGCCCGGUAAACAAACCGAAGACGUUUUCUUCACAGAGGAAGAAACCCUGGAACAUGUUUCGGCGAAAAAAAUUACGUUACCGGAGGAACCAAUCACUCCCCAGUCGCUGGAGUCUUUCUCGGAGCUCAGUACGAGUAAUUCACGAGCUGACGAAAGUUUGACCUACAGUGAAGACUCCGAUAUCACACGUAUCUACGAGAUUGGCACCGGGGAGACCAAAUUGGUUCACGGACCGAAACCGGUUCCGGCCAGUAACGGCCAACCGAUGGGAAACGAAGUCGUCUUGGAAGAAAUUCUUGAGAUUAUCAGUACCCCGGUUCAGUUCGAAACUGAUGAAAACAAUACGGAUCUUCGUCCGGAGAGUCCAACCAUCGACCGCAGCCACCUGAUCAAGCCCCGGUACGUUAAAAUAAAGCAACUCUCGCCGGAAACGAUUCGCUUUUUCGCGCCGAAGAAGGCGUUCACACCCGGCGGAAGUAAUCUUACGAGCACAUCUCCUCUAUCGAAAUCAGCAACGGAUUUUACUGAUCUAUCGCUGCAGCAAUCCAAUCAAUACCAUUCCGCGCUGCACAUAGAUUUCCCCGCCUCCCGUAGCGUGCCGUCCCACGAGUUUACCAUCGAGAAAGAGGUGAGGGACGUUUUACCCUCGGUCAAGGAGCUUGCUAAGUGCUACAUCAAGCCAACGGUUUCAGAGGUACCAAAACCAAUCCUUAGGCCACGGGUCAAGCUACGGAAGGACUUCAUUCGUCAAUCAGCGAAUCUGAUUUAUGAGGAAAGCCAGCUGGAGCCGCAAAAUGGAGUGGACAAAAAUCGUCGAAUGUGCCAAAGCACCAGCAGCAUCAGCGCGGCCGAAGAGAUUCGUGAAAUUCGCCGACUAAACUUGGAUGCUUACAAUCAGCAAACUUUCGUACCCAUGGCUCCCGGCCACAGUAUCACGGCUCGCAGUUUGUCCAAGCAGAUUCGCGACGAGUUAAAAACCAAUGCCACAGACGAUCACAAGGUGCAUGGUGGUGGCCAUGCCAGCCCGGAAAGACCCAGCAGUCCCGUGUUCGAACCUGGGCAUCUCCGCAGCAGUAUUCAGUUCUUUGAAAACCUAAAGAACAAAUAGUUCACCGCUCGUCCAGGGGACAACUUACUCCGAAGUGCCAUUAUUAUUCCUAUGAAAUGAUACCAAAUUUUACAGUCUAAGGGUCGUUGGCCGCUUGCAAGUAUGUAUUUAUUUCCCAAUCCAAUUUUUCGCUCCAAACUACGUACCUAAAAUCUGAGCUGUAGAGGUUAAGCCGCUUCAAAAGCAAUCGUUUUCUACUUUGGUCAAAUUU